AUGUUGCUGGGGUUGACAUCAAAAGUGUGGGGAGUCAGUGAUAUUAGCAGCAGCCAUUUUUUUCAGGAGGAUGUUUUUUCAAGAGCACCUAGCGCUGAUGGCUGGCAGUAUACCUCUUUGAGUGGGUACAUAUUCCGCGGACACAGGAGAGGAGCAGAGACCGGAGAGCAGACCCUCCUAACUGCCAUUAGAGGGUGGAGGAGGGAGCAGGACCAAAAUGGCUGCCAUGACAACAGUACCCAGCUACAGCCCGUCGCUAUGGGUGCGAGUGUGCCACGCCCUCCCCCGGCUGGACUUCACCAUGACGAUGAGGGACAACUUUUUUGUGCCUGA